AAAAAAAAAAAAGGCAUGAAGAAACCCAACCACAACAGGGUCGCCGAUGCCCAGAAAAGAGGGGGUAAAAAAAAUUACACAUAACAAAGAGAACAAUUCAAGGGGGCAAAAACGCAAAACAGAAAAAAAAAACACAACAAUACCAUGGUGGUGCCCAAAAAUUUCCCUCUUUACAAUUUUCGAUUAUUAGGUAUGUCCACGAGUAUUGAUACCUUGGUUAUGAUACCUUGGUUUCAAACUCGGAAGCGAGCCGACUUCCGCGCCAGUGAACACGGCAGUGAGCUCCAGCCUACCACAAGCCAUCCUGGCACUGACUUGGGUCCCUCACUUUACCACCGCCAGUUUCAUAGGUAUGUUUUGUUCGUAUGUUACCGUGGCUGACAGGAAACAUCGCUGCUUCCCGUGUUUGUAAGCCACUUCUUAAGCCACUCUCAAUGUUCAACACUUGCUCGGGCUUAGUGCGUUAACAUCCAGGUUGUUCGCACUAUCAGAGGGCCGGGACAAAGGGGGGUUGGCAAGAUUUCCUGUGACAAUGUCCGACCCCAACCGUCCUCCUCCCUUUCAUUAUCCGCCUUACACUUCUUCGUCCUCAUCUGAGUAUCCAGGAAAUGAGGCUACUUUCAACGACUGGGCGGUGCCCCAGUAUUCGCAGCCGUCCUAUGCACCUUCCGUCAACUACGACAUGGUAGCUGGCUUUGCGGAAAACCCCGCAGGUGCUUCGUCUAUGUUUUCUGGUGAGCGCGCUUUAAAUUCCAAGGUAGCAAUCCCCAGGUCAGCAAACCCGAGCAACUGGACCAGCAGCGGACGGGUCAGCCGGGCAUGCGAGAAUUGUCGAGAACAGAAAGCCAAAUGUAGCGGGCAUCGCCCGACUUGUCAGCGAUGCCAAGAAGCCGGCACUCGUUGCUCGUACGGCGACCGGAAACGAGAGAAGAUGGCCAAGCAACUGAGUGAUCUGACAAACCAGAAGCAAAUUUAUGAAGCACUAUUGGAAGAUGUUUGCUCGAAGGUGGAUUCGCAAACUGCCCAACAUAUCGAGCAGGUUGUCAAUGAGCAACGCGCCGGCAAUGACCAGGCAUUUGGUCGCAAGGCGUCAAUCUCUACACCCACUAUUAGAGGAGCUGAUACUCCAGCUGAUCCGGACCCUGAUCCGAUUUCCUCUUUGGUGGCGUUAGAUUACAUUAACGAAGACUUCAACCGUGAUGAGAAGAUACAAGCAAUGGGAUUUGUCGGAGAACAUUCUGAGAUAACAUGGCUUUAUAGGUUGAGGCGAAUGCUCGAGCGCUCCAGUCCUGUCACUCCCAGUUCCAAGGAGAGUUGGGACCGCCAGUCAGUUGCGUCUGUGAGCUUUUUCCUCGAUGAUUCGGAAAUCCCUGUCAUAGAUAAUGUCGAUACCAUGCAGCGGCCUUCACAAAUGCUUGCUGACCAGCUCGUGGAUAAUUACUUCUCCAUCAUCCACCCUUUCUUCCCGAUUAUCGGCAAGGCGAUAUUCUUGAGGCAGUACAAGUCUUUCUACUCAACUCCGUUCGUACGACCAGGAAAAAGAUGGCUAGCGAUACUAAAUCUAAUUUUUGGUAUUGCUGCGAGGUACUGUCACCAGAUGCAGUCUGACGCCCAAGAUACGCCAGAUGAUGGACCUUUAUACUUUUCACGGGCCUGGAAACUCAGUAUGAGUGACGUGGCGUUAUUGGAUCAUCCAAAUCUACAACAGGUGCAAGUGGAGGGUCUAACAUCGUUCUAUCUCUUAUCAGUGGGACAAGUCAAUAGGUCAUGGAGAAUAUGUGGCACCUCGAUACGAUCCGCUGUUAUCAUGGGAUUGAAUUUACGCAAUGAGAGCAGUAUGGUUGUCCACACGUCUAAAGAAACUCGCUAUCGUGUAUGGUGGUCCAUUUACAUGCUCGAUAUCCAACUCUCUGUGAUGACUGGCCGUCCACCUCACUGCAGCAGCGACUUCUGUACUACACCCUACCCAGUGCCAUUCCAGGAGGAAGAAUUUCUAGAUGAUAACGUCGCUCAAAUUAUCACGGAUAAUGAGAGCCGUAACAACUUUAUGGAGGCGCUAUCCUCAAUGAACUCGACAAAAUCCACCAACGAAGUUACAACUUCAGAAGGCUUCGGGACCCCAAUGUCGUACCAGGGUAAACAAUAUGGGCAAGCUGCCUACAAUGCCGUGGACUCGCUCACGCCGAAUACCUCGCUAUAUUUUCUCUGUCUCGUCGACCUAGGAUUGAUCAUGCGAGAGUCUAUUGACACAUUAUAUGCUCCAGGAGCUGCUCGAAAAUCCUGGCGUGAAGUAGAGAUGGCCAUCUCCACCUUGAACGGCAAAGUAGACGGGUGGCUCUCCCGGCUUCCGACAGCCUUCCACUUUACCCAUGGUCACCAAGCGUUUGAGAGGCAGCGGUCAUGUCUCGCCUUCCGUUUCUAUAGUGCCAAGAUCUUGAUUACUCAGCCAUGUCUUAGUCGUCUCACAUGGAGGGCUCCGGGCGUCGAAAUACCAGGAAAUUUCUGCAAUACAAUGGCGGUUAUGUGUGUUGACCUGGCGGGUCAAAUGCUUGACCUCUUACCCGAUUCGCCAGAACCUUCAUGGGUCUACCAUGUCUCACCUUGGUGGUGUGUCCUGCACUUUCUCAUGCAAUCGACCGCCGUGCUCCUGACUGAGCUAUUACUCCUUGCAAAGGCAGGAACUGUCCAACAAAGGACGGCCUGGGAAAAAGUUACCAAGGUGUCGCGCUGGUUAGCUGUGAUGUCGACGAAAGAUUUAUCUUUUCAGCGGGCUCAACUCGUGUGUAGAGACCUACUUUCUCAGAAUUCUUUGGAACCUGACACUGGAGUUUACGCGGACAAUGACAAAAACUGACUGUUAUGAAGGUCCCGAGAUUUUCUACAUUUAGAAAAUUGGCGUGCGCCUGGUUCGGGUCGCUAUUGUGCCAGUACACGUGCCCACAUUAGUGUACACCGCCAGUCAAUUGUUGAAUUGCUCCCUUUAGUACCGAACACGACUACCCAACGAGGGGGCAUUUCAAGCGAAACCAUUACAUUUGCCUUAUCGACCUAACAUAUGCCGUUCCAGACUUGAAAUCCGAAAGGUCUUAAGUCUUCGAUAGCUUGCUACGGCCCACUAUGGUUACACCUAGUGUAUUCGGACUGGCUUUAUGGUUUGGCAGAUGUGGACUCGUUCAUGGACUACCCAUCUCGGUGGUCUUUCGACCAGAUAUCACAUACCUUAUCAAAUCUUUCCAUCUCAAUUCUUCAAUUCUGAUCAUUUAUGCCACCUUGCCCAAGUAACUUUCACCCCGGUGAUUGGAGCUGACUGCCCCCCACCUUGACUUAACCAGAACUGAUC